AUGAAUCAAACCCAGCCUUAUAUGGAUGUGAGCCAGAGUCACAUGUCUAGCAGCAUCCCUUCUUCGGCUCCCCCGCCAGGCCUCGGCCAUUAUGCCAGUUACCAUCAACCGCAGCCCAUCUCGAGCCAGUCUCACCCCUAUGGUUCAUCACCUUCAUCCUACUCUCAGUACUACACCAAUGGACUUGCUCCUCUCCAUCACCCCUCGGCAGGUAGCUUAGGCUCUCAGAUGGUUCCUCAGUCGCAACUGCCCCUUCCCACACUCGCGAACAGCGUAUCACCUAGUUCAGCACAGGGUCAAUAUUCUGGUGCUACAUUCGAUACAACAGGACAGGUCGCGCCGCCUGGCAUGAAACCUCGAGUGACUGCCACCCUUUGGGAAGACGAGGGUAGUCUUUGCUUCCAGGUCGAGGCAAACGGCAUUUGUGUGGCCAGACGCGAGGACAACCACAUGAUCAACGGAACAAAAUUGCUCAAUGUGGCUGGUAUGACGCGCGGUCGUCGCGAUGGUAUUCUCAAGAGCGAGAAGAACAGACACGUGGUCAAGAUUGGUCCCAUGCAUCUCAAAGGAGUGUGGAUCCCCUUCGAUCGUGCUCUGGAAUUUGCCAACAAGGAGAAGAUCACCGAGAAACUCUAUCCUCUCUUUGUGCACAACAUUGGUGCUUUGCUCUACCACCCUUCGAACAGCGCCAGCCGCACUAUUGGUGGUGCUACUUCGCUGGUUCCUGGCGAACGUAGACGUCCCGAUGAUUACAUGAGAGCGCCCGUUAGCCAACCUCCUGCCAUGCCUCAGGCCCACUCGAUGGGUAUGCCUCAACCGCCGCAUUCGCUUGCUCCUCAGCCGAAUGGUGGAAGACCCGGUCUAGACAGAGCUCACACAUUCCCCACUCCUCCUACAAGCGCCUCCAGCAUGAUGGGCAUUGGCAACUCUGAAGGUUCUUACCAAUGGAGCAAUCAACCUCCUUCGACCAUGCAGCAGCAACAACCCUCGCAGCAACCUCUGGCUAUCGACACCAACAUGAGCAACAGAUCCGUUCCUACCACUCCCGCGACCACUCCCCCUGGAAGCGCUAUGCACAGUAUGCCUCCUUACCAGACUAGCCAAGGAUACGACAAUGGUCGCCAGCUGUACUCGGCUCCCUCGCAACCAUCUCAGUACGGUCCUCGUUAUGGCCAGCUUCAGCCCAGCCCUUACAUUAAGAAUGAAAUGGCUCCUCCGGCUCGUACUGGCGUAGAGGCUGACCAUGCAAUCGACCAGAAGCCUCAAGAUGGUUACACCAAUCACUCUGGUAACCAUGAUGAUGCCGAGGGUGAACACGAAGGUGAAUACACUCAUGCCUCGGGACCUUAUGGUGGAAACCGCGCUUCAUACGCUUACGCCACACCUGCCACAACUGCUUCUUUGCACAGUGAUCAGACACACAUGUCCUCGGACAUGACUGGCUCGCCUCAUCACAAGGCUUCUGGCGGUGCUACUCCUCGUACAACUAACAGUUACCACGCUGGAUACACAACGCCUCAGCGCCCUCAGCAACUUCAGUCCAACCUGUUCAGCGUCAUGAGCGACAACCGUCCCAAUGGCCCUGAUAUGUAUGGCCAACCCGGUCAUGCCUAUGGCCAAGGCUACCAACCUGUGAACGGUAUGCAGAAGCGCAUGCGUGAUGACGAUGUCGACGAUCGCUACAACGAAGACUCAGACGGUCUCAAGCGAAGAAAGACAGUACGCGAAGGCAGCGCAGGAAUUGGACGCCCUCGCUCCGUCCUGGCUGGGCACCGAUAA